AUGGGCUUGGGUUGUGUCCUGAUGCAAAAUGAUAAGUUGGCAAACCUUAAGGUUCAACCCACAUUGAUUGAUAGAAUUAAAGAUGCUCAAGGAAGAGACUCUCAGUUGCAAAAACUUAAGGCUGAAAUGGAAAUAGGGCUACAGAUGGAAUUUUGUAUGCAUAAAGAUGGAACCUUGAGAUUUGGAGAGAGGUUGUGUGUGCCUAAUGAUUUGGAGCUCAAGAGAGAAAUCCUUAGAGAAGCUCACAGUUCAGGGAAAUUGCUCACUUUUAAGGUAGGGUUCUCCUUAGAGAAGUUUGCAAAUUUGUAUAUCAAGGAGAUUGUGAAAUUGCAUGGUAUUCCGGUGACCAUAGUGUCUGAUAGAGAUAUCAGAUUUGUAUCUUUGUUUUGGAGAAGUUUGCAUACAGCUUUGGGUACUAGUUUGAAUUUUAGCACUGCCUUUCAUCCUCAAACUGAUGGACAGUCAGAGAGAACUAUUCAGACUCUUGAAGACAUGUUGAGGGCUUGUGUUAUUGAUCUUGGAGAGAGCGACUUCGCAGAUAACAGGAGACGCGAUUUGGUGUUUGGAGUUGGAGACCACGUGUUCCUUAAGGUGUCUCCUAUGAAAGAAGUAAUGAGGAAGUAUAUACCGGAUCCUAGUCAUGUGAUUGAUCAUGCACCGUUGCAGUUUAAGGAGGAUUUGACUUAUGAGGAACACCUUAUACGAAUUGUUCAUAGGAAAGAACAGGUUUUGAGGCAUCGAGUCAUCCAGUAUGUUAAGGUUCAAUGGAGCAAUCACUCAGAAAGAGAAGCAACGUGGAACUCGAGGAUGAAAUGA